GCGAGUGGGGAGGAAAACUGGCCGGUGCAUGGGAGAGGCUCGAGACAGCGAGGAGAAGUGGACAAACCUACCGGCAGCGGCGACUGGAUAUUUCCUUACACCAAUGAAAUCAUUAUCGGUCUGUUCUGCACCAAUUUAGAAUAAGAAGCACCUUUUCGACGGGAUAUCGUUUUUUUUACCGAUGAAAGAUGAUGACUUGACACUUAACUAGCUCUACCUCUUUCGGACUGUAGCGAUGUUUAAACCUCUGCGUGCAUAGUCCCCCCCCCCCCCCAUCCCUCUGUCACCGUGGACUUAUCCAUUUGUUUCGGUUUUGCUGUUGAAGGACAAACGAUAUGACGGAAAUCAGCGAAAAGGAGAACGAACCACAGAACCUUCACCGACCGUCACACGCUACCGUGCCCAGCCAACCUGAAUCAAAGUUACAGCGGUUGAAGCGCUCCCUGUCCUUCAAGUCAGUCAUGCGCAGCAAGAGCGUGGACAACUUCUUCCAGCGCAGUAACGGCGACUCCCGCCCUCCCUCGGCCCUGAUCACCUUACCUCCACCCCCGCCAUCUCCUCCCCCCAUCUCCGAGUCCCCCCUGGCCUACGAGCGCUCUCCGUCACAUUCGCCGUCUACCAGUCCCAACCCCUCACUGUCGUCACCUUCUAUCAGUCCCUCAAAAUCGAAGCCGAAGUCUCAGGCCCAGCCGGUCAAGACCCACUGUUUCCAGGAGCACGUCUUCCGUAGGCCCGCCAGCUGCCAGCGAUGCAAACACAUGAUCCAAGGGAACUCCAAGCAGGGGCUGCGUUGUAAAGCCUGCAAGCUGGCGACCCACCUCUGGUGCUCGUCGGAGCUCUCCCAGCAGCCCUGUAAUGGCAAGACAGGAGCUUUCAAGAGAAACUUCAGCUCUCCUCUGUUAACCAAUGACACGCUGGAAGUGGUCAGAGAGGCUCCUGCUGCCCAAGAGGCGGAUAAUGGCAUUGUCGACCCUGUGUAUGAGGCACUGCGCUAUGGGACGUCGCUGGCUCAGUUGAGUCGUUCCAGCUUCAGCAGUAUCUCAGAGUUGCCCUGUCACGAGGAGGAAAAACUGCAAGACAAACUAGAAAACCAGCCAAUAGCUGAGGAGGAUCACAUCCCAGGAAUGCUCACCCCUCCUGAAAGUGAGAAGGCUGAUUCAGAAGACAGGGUCAGCCUGAAGACUCCUAAGAAAGUAGAGGUCCACUCCAUCCACACAUAUGUGGCUCUCUACAAGUUCCUGCCUCAGGAGAAGAAUGACUUGGAACUACAGCCUGGCGACAGAGUUCAAGUCACAGAUGACUCCAACGAGGACUGGUGGAAGGGGAAAAGCAGAGACAAGGUGGGAUUGUUCCCAGCCAACUUUGUGCAGCGGGUCCGCCCCGGUGAGCGCGUGUGGAAGGUCACAGAAGGUUUCCACGGCAACCGAGACAAAGGCCAGAUGACUGUGAAAGAGGCCCAGAUCUGUGUGGGGAAGAACGAGGAGAUUGACGGUUUCCUCCGGCUGAGCAGCGGGAAGAAGAGAGGCUUGGUCCCUGUGAAGAAUCUGCUAGAAAUAUGAUGGCAGCACAUUUCUCCUUGACCCUCAGUUCGAAAAAGAAAAGUUUCCUAUGACGGAGGUUUACUCAGGAGUGUUUGCCCGACACAUCACCUGACCGCCAAACACGCACCCCCACCCCUCCAAAAAGUGGCAGUGACUCUGCAGCUUGAGUGGACGACGAGCCACAAAUUAGCUUUUUAUUGCAGAAGCUUUUGAGACUUAAAGGAAGGGGUGGCUCCUUCAGAGCUACUUCUCUUGUAGCACAACUUUACUUUGUGUGGUUUUAAUCACACUCACAACAGAAAUGUAGCAUCGUGUUGAAGAGGAUAGUGUGCAGGAUGUCUGGCUACCUCGCUGGCCAUUUCCAUUGGUCGUCCCUCUGCGGAAAAGGGGAGAGGACUACCUUACUUUGAUGUCAAGGCGCGUCCAAGCCUUGUGAGCGAACUGUCUUCAUUUCACUGUUUGUGUAGAGAAAACAAGACGUACGAGAUUGUGAAAGAAGCUGUUUCUUAUAGUGGCUUGUUUCAUAAACUUUAAGAGAUUUGGUUCAGUAGAUUCAACCGAGGGUAUAUGUUAUGAUGAUCCAUUUUUGUGUGUGCAGACUGCAGCUCACAUCGUGCACAUGUCUGCCAUCGUCUCAUGGGUUUAUGAUUUGCAUAUGCGUCACUCCUGCUCCGAAUAGAAAAUGAUUCAGGUAUUACAUUGUGUGUAUGUAAAGAUCUAAAAAACAGUCUUCUAUGCUACAUCUUGAUCCAAGGAAAAUCAUAACACACACACACACACACACUGGGAUUUUCUAUAUUUCAAACUGCUCUCCAGUGAUUACAUUACUGUACAUUUGUGCUUUUCACAGCUCCGAUGUGACGAAUGCGUUGCGUGCACCUCUGGGAGCCUUUUUUUUUCUCAGUAAGCCCUUCAAUGACAGUUUAGCUACACACCGAUUUUUGUAGCUCACUCUGUCCCAUGUAACUCUAAAAUCAACCACUAGAAUCUGCUUCCUGUCAUUACAAUGUCAGCGUUGUUUAUCUGUAUCUAAAGUCCUGUUAUAUUUGCCGUCAUAUUAUUUUUUGUACUACGACUUGAGGAUGGUGUGAUAUCUCGACUUUCUGAUGCUUUCCUCGCAGAGCAGAGCAAUGAAAUACAUUCAGGCUGAUGGAUAAAAUAAACCAAACUCGGUGUUAAUUGUCAAAAAAAGUGGUGACGGCUUUUCAAAGGUAGAGUCUCUCUCAGAAUGUUAUGUUUACAUCUUCAGCUGUCUAAAAUGUGCUGAAUUCUUGCUUAAUGGCUAAUGUUUCUCCUCAUGCGAUUACUUUUAAGUAACUCUGACUGUUAUUGUUUCUGUUAUUUAAGGUCCAAAAGACAAAAUCACCACACACCAUUUGAUUUAUUGCUCAUUGUAAACCAUAAGGUAGUGACAAACUGCCUUUGUUGCAGCAAUAACUGUAAAUACAGAUAUGACAGUAUUUGUAAAUAGCCUUAUGAAAAUACUAUAUAUAUAUA